AUGCCCAGGAACUUUAAGCCCACUUAUGAGUCAUUGUCCAGCCCUCCAGUCAGUCCUGACACCGUGACAACCCUGAUGUCCAAGUUUGUCAUCAGGGUUGAGACCAGUCCUCCUACUGUCUUGGUCUACACGCCCACUACCGAGUGCAUUCAGCCCUCUGGCCUCACAAUCACCACCACGCACCCCACCACUACCUGUAUCACCACGACCUAUGUUCCCUUCACCAGCUCUAACACUACCACUCCCAUGACUGACAGGUCAACGGCAACCAUUACUGCUAUAACACCUCCCACCUCUGUCCGGAAAGUGACCUCAUCCCUGACCUCUGCUUCCACUGUCACCAAUAGAAACUGUCAGCACAGCAUCUUCUCACACAAUCACAUCAACAACGCCAUCCGUCAGCUUGGUGACGAUUUCCGUAUCCAACAUGGCUACCUCAACGACUACCAGCCGUGUAACGUCACCACCAACUCUGGGACCACACAGAUGGACAGUGUCCCCUCAACUCCCACCAUCACCCAUGCAGUCCACACGACAGCUGAGUCCACCCGAGCACCCCCCAGCCUCAUCACGCUCACAGCUCCCACAUCUACAGAGCCUCGACCUACCUUAGCUGUGGCUGGAACAGGUCAACCUCCCUUCCCCAGCCAUUCUUCCACAGUUACUGGAGACACCACACUGAAUCCCACCACAGACCUUCCUACGGAAUCUCCCCUGACAGAAAUCACCGCGACUCCUCCGACCUCAUUUUCAGUUGCCCCCACAGAUGUGUGGCUUUCUGAGCGAUCCAGCACGUCCUCUCCCACGAGCCCCAACGUGAUGACAUCAUCCACAAGUAGCAUUCUUUCCUCUACUCCUACCCCAGACACACAAUCUGUCACCACUGGCAUGAUGGCCACCACCCCUUUAUCUACCUCAGCGACAGUCCUCCCACCUACCCAGGCCACAUCUACAGCAGUGUCUCAGGUCAAUUCCCCUGGCUUUCCAAACAACACGGUUGGCUACAACACAUCAGAUAUCACUACUCCCACAACCACCACACACACACUGAUCCCUGACACCUCUGUCAUACCCACCUGGACCUCUAGGGCCACCUCAGAAGCAUUCAGAACGGCUAUCACACACCCGGUCACCACAGCCACCCUGGUAGCUUCUCAUAGCACUCCUGGCCUCCCAACCUCAGACAGUCGCUCUACUGACAGGACAUCCACAGCUGCUUCCACCUCACACCCCAACAGCGCUGUUACUCGAGAAACACUCACUUCUGUACCCACAUCUUCUCCUAGUGCAGGCCUCUCCACCAUCACGGCCACGCAUGUCCCUUCCUCAUCUACAGGAAACAGUGGUUCAUCUGUUGUGACACCCACCUCAACCCAUGCACAUCCCAGUGUGUCCGCAACCCACACCAGUAUCACCCUGUCUUCCCUUCUUGUCAAUAGCACAGAAAUAACACGUCCGGUGGGUACAGCCUACACCACCACCCCGAGUGCAGCAGCUGCCUUUACAACCACUGGAAACACCCAACCACAUUCUCUUCCUGUCAGCAUUCCUGUCCUCACACUCUCCACAUCCACGGCUGAUGUCUGUUUUGGGAACACACAGACAGGAAGUACGGCGCUGAGCAAGCCCCAAACCCUGCACACAACAGAAUCUACCCCAACACCUACAAGCACCGCAUCCGCAGAGCUUCUUUUAACUACUGCCACCCUGCUUCCUGCGACAGACCUCCCUCCAGUGUCUCUCCUGACGGAAAUCGCAGCCACGUCCCAGAUCAUGUCUCCAGUCACACCCUCAGAUCCAGCGGUGAGCACCAAGGUGGUGACUUCACCCGCCGCUCUGUCCUCUGUGUCUGUCUCAAGCACGCAGCCACUCACCACAGACGUCACACACACUGCCCCAUUAUCCACCUUGGAGUCGGCAUUCCCGACUUCCAGAGCCUUAGCUACGGGUACAUCUCAGUCCACAGACUUCAGCUCUUUAACCAAUGCCGUGACGGCGUUGACGUCAGAGAUGUCCUCUCCUUCCUCCUUCACAGACACAAUGGCCCCUGACAGUUCUCUCAUGCCCACCUGGCCUUCACUACCCACCUCAGAAGCAGCCAGGACAUCUACUACACAUUUGGUCACCACGGUCACCCAGACCUCAUCUCUCAUCACUUCCAGCUCCACAACCUCCAACAUCCACUCCACAGAUAGGAUCUCCUCACCUCCUAGCACUUCUGUGAGGGACACAGUUACAACUGUACCCAUAGCUUCACCUACCACAGAUGUCUCUACCAUUCCAACUACAGCUCUCAACACUGUCCCGCUGGUCACAACAGACAUCCCCCCAACCCAUGAGGGUUCUGUCACCUCAACAUCUCAUACCACACUCCUCCCAUUUCUUUCAAGCCCCCAGAACUUGGAAACAAAACCAUUUAUCACUUCAGUGCGUACCACACCCAGUAGGACAGCUACGCCCUCAGGCAUGGGGAAACACCCAAGUCCAUUUGCCACAAGCCUUCCGGUCACACCUGCAUCUUCCUUGUCCCUCUCUGCUGGCAGGACUGGAACCAGCCAGACAGGAGGUGGACCCUCAGCUCCAACCUUCCCCCAUUUUCUGGACACAACAGUUGACUCCACCGCAACACCCGUGACCACCAACACGUUCACGACAGCCACAUCCACAGAACCACCCUCUGCUACCACCUCAGUGACUAGAACCUUCUUCACCACCAUUAUGACACCCACUAGAAAAGCCACAGCGACUUCCACUACAGACACUCCCACCAGGUCGCCGGUGUCAGAAGUGACAACCUCAACCCCCAGUAGCGCUUCACUUAGCUCAUUAGUUACGCUGACUUCCGGGAUACUCACGACAUCCACCUCACCGACCGCUCCCGUGUUGCUUUCACACACAAGUAGGAUCCCAUCCUCGACACCUGUCCCAAACUCACACCCAGUCACUGCAGACAACACACACACUCUGCCGUUAUCGACCUCGGUGACAGCACUCCCAACUCCCAAGGCGACAUCUCUAACCACCCCUCUAGUCUCUUUCCUCAGCUCUCCAACUAAGUCAGUCACAAAGCCCGAACUUCAUCUCACGUCUCCUACCUACACCACUCACGCCACCGACGCCUCCUCAACUGCCGGGCCCUCUCAGCUCACUACUGCGACAGGCAAGACUGCUACCACACACUCGGCUACCCUGACCCCCUCCCUCAGACCUUCCACCCUGACAGACUUAGGGAGCUUCUUGACUGACAGCACCUCUGCAGUCUCCUCCUUCCCGAGUAUACACCUCCACACCGCCACAGUCACAUCUCUCAUGCCCACACCCAUCAAUGCUGAGCCACUGGUUACUACGACAGGAGGGACUCACACCCUCCCAGUCUCCAGCGCCCUACCAGCCCACAGCGCUCCCAGAUUUCCUUCCUCCAUCCUCCCAAGCACAGAAGCACUUGUUAGCACACAGCACACCACGCCCACCAGCACAGAUAAUCCCUCAAGUACAGGAAGCCCCACGAGUCUGCGUGCUACAAGGACUCCAGCCACGUCUGUAUUCUCCUUCUCCAUUUCUGCCAGCAGUGCUGGGGUCACACCGACGGGCGGUUGGCCGUCAGCUCCUGUCACCAACCAUACACUCGGCACUACAGUUGAGCUUACCCCAACGCUCAGGGCCACCACCACACUCACAUCCCCCAUGGAAUCAUCUUCUCCCAUUACAAGUCAGCAACCCUCCUCUAGCGCUGCUGUAACAUCUACAGGAAAAACCACACUAAAGCCCACCACAGACCUUCUUACAGAAUCUCUAAAGACUGAAGGAACUGGAACUCCCAUGGACACAUCUUCAGUCACCCCCACUGAGACUCUGGCUUCUAGCACACCCAGCCCUUCUUCUCUAGUGACCAGCAGUGUGUUCACCUCCACGACAAACAGGGUUCUGCCCUCUGUGUCUGGCUCAAGCACAAAGCCAGUCACAGCUGACACCACACACAGCACCCCAUUAUCUGCCUUGGAGACCACGCUCCCAGUGACACACGCCAUAUCUGAAGCUACAUCUCUGGUGUCUUUCUCCAGCUCUGUUACCCCUUCCCCUUCCCACGUCACCUCUCCUACCUCCAUCUUAGCCACAAGGACCCCAGGCACCACUGCCACACCCACCUGGCCCUCCUUGUUCACUUCAGAAACCAGCCACGCUGUCACCACACGGAUGGUCCCCAUGGCCACCCUGCCUCUCUCUCACAGCACGCCUCCUGCCACUUUAGGGGCCACGGAGACCCUCACACCCACAAUUCCCUCUUCACCUAGCUCAGGCCUGCCCACCGUGACAGACACAGCUCUGGCCUCCUCAUCCAUGGACAGCGCGGAGUCUUUGACCACAGAGUCACACACUGCAACACACACAGUUCCCAGCCUGUCACCAACUAACCUCAUCCCAUUUAACCCCACCAGCAGGGACACCGACACUCCCCUUGUCUACACGUCCCACACCACCAUUUCCUCCCCGAUGGGAAACUCUCCAGUUCAGCCCCUGAGCACAAGCGUUCCAGUUACUCACACAUUCUCCUCAGCCAUGGCGGACAACAGUCCUCGGACCACACUGAGAGAAAAUGAGCCUUCAGCUCCAACACUUCUGCACACAGUGUACACAACUGCUGUCUCCACACCACCACCCACGACCACGGACACCCUCACAGAACCCUUGUCUCCCGAGCUGAGUCCUCCUAUGGCAGUGAGUGGAACAGGUCAGUCCCCCUCCCCCAGCUCAGAUACAACAUCCUCUGGGAAAGCCACACUGACACCCAAUAUAGACCUUCCGACAGAGUCUCCCGGGACAGAGAGACUCCCAGCCCCACCAACCACGUCUUCAGUCACCCCCACUGAGACUCUGGCUUCUGGCACACCCAGCCCUUCUUCUCUAGUGACCAGCAGUGUGUUGACCUCCACAACAAAGGGAGUUCUGCCCUCUGUGUCUGGCUCAAGUACAAACCUAGUCGCAGCUGACACCACACACAGCACCCCGUUAUCUGCCUUGGAGCCCACGCUCCCAGUGACACAUGCCAUAUCUGAAGCUACAUCUCUGGUGUCUUUCUCCAGCUCUGUUACCCCUUCCCCUUCCCAUGUCACCUCUCCUACCUCCAUCUUAGCCACAAGGACCCCAGGCACCACUGCCACACCCACCUGGCCCUCCCUGCUCACUUUAGAAACAAGCCACGCUGUCACCACACAGAUGGUCCCCAUGGCCACCCUGCCUCUCUCUCACAGCACGCCUCCUGCCACUUUAGGGGCCACAGAGACCCUCACACCCACAAUUCCCUCUUCACCUAGCUCAGGCCUGCCCGCCGUGACAGACACAGCUCUGGCCUCCUCAUCCAUGGGCAGCACCACAAUGUCACUCAUGACAGACACAGCUGUGACUUCCCCGAUCACGUCCUCGGUCACCACUCACAUGGGCCCACUCACACAUGACAGAUCCACGAGUCUCUCCCACAGCAGCUCCAAUGUUUUGACCUCAGGCACAAGUCCAGCUCCGCCCUUCCUUGGUUCUACCACAUACUCUAUGGCGGACAGCACUUCAGUCUCUGCCACUGACACAUCGACCCUCCCAACCUUCCUGACACCAACCCAGCCAUCUCCACUCAUCUCAGGCACCACUACGACUGUCACUCCACACUUGUAUACCACAGCCACCUCCACUCCCUCCACAAGCUUUUCUUCCUCUUCCAAUUCUACCCAAUCCCCUGACAGCACAACUGCAACUACCACCCCAUCACAUCCUACAACCUCUGGUCGCCUGGAGACACUGACAUCUCUAACGUCGUCUCUGCCUAGUGAAGGAAUCCCUGCCACUUUCAAUACAGGUUUCUCCUCAUCCACAGGCAACAGUGCUGCAUCUGCCAUGACUGCUACCACCUCAACCUAUACACGUUCUAGUAUAUUACCAACCUACACCAGUAUCAUCCCACCAUCCUCCAUCACCCAGAACACAGGGAUUUCCCAUCUCAGCACCGCCCAUUCCAUUGCCCCCAUUGUGACAACUGCUGUCACAGUUACUAGGGACACCCUACUGGGUUCUCUUGGGACGGGUAUGCCAGCUUCACCCGAAAUCCCACUGUCAAAGUCAACUUCUAUCUCUUCUGUUCCCACUAGUGCUUCUCCUACAAGUCCCGAUCACUCCUUCUCUUCUUUCUAUACUCAGAGUCCAUCACCAAACUUCAGUCCUACCUUGUCAGCAUCCCACGCCCUCAGUACAACCACUGCUCCAUCUACUCUUAAGACUCUCAUGUCAACCCCGACUUCGGUAACUACACUUACUUCAUCAGGUGAACCCCAAACAGAUUCCCUCCCCUCAGGAAGCACUUCCACAAAUGCACUGGUGACUGCUUUUGCUACCUUGAUCUCCUCGACACCCACAGUGAUAAUGUCCGCUUCUCAGUCUCUCCCUACUAGGAGACCAAUGCUCACUACUACCAUUAAGCCCCCUUCUCCCUCCUCCCUGAGCUCCAGUACAGCAGCUCCAAUCUCUCCUUUCUCUUCUAUAGUGACAUCCUAUCUUCCUUCCUCAACCACCAGUACUUCUCCAACCACCUCACCGCUGUCCACAGCUCAUACCAAGUCAACCCCUUUCUCUUACGUCUCUCUUCCUUCUACUACACCCUGCCCAGAAACCAUCACCAUCACCAUAGUCCCCAGCUCUCCCUCGACUUCAUGUGUUGACAUCAAUCCCAAUACUGGAGCGACACCUGCUCCCAUCACCCCAUUCUCCGUCAUUCCCUCUGCCACCAACAUGGUUACCUCUCCCGGUUCUAUCAGUGAAAGCACUUUUCUCCCUACACAUUUGGAUACCUCUUCCAUGACACCAGAAACAGAGCCUUCAGACACCAUCACUGAUGCUCCUAGCUCAACAGACACUAGGACAAUAGUUACAGACACGGUUUUCAGGAGCACCUCAGUGUCCACCAGGAACAACAGGUUAAGUGCCACCUCUAUCACCACCCCAAAUAUGCCUGGCUCCAUCAAUGUCCCCUCAACCCUGAAACCAAGCAACAGCUUUCCAACUACCACAACUUCAAGCAAGGUGAUAUACCCUGUUCUGUCGACCACAAAGACACCAAGGACAACAGUGGCCACCACCCUUACAUCACCACAAUCAAGAUCAACUUCAACCUCUACUCAGAUGACUACAGCAGCGAGCUUGACCACGACCCCAGGUGUGUGUGACAAUGGUGGCACCUGGGAGCAGGGCAGGUGCAUUUGCCCUCCUGGUUUCUCUGGAGACCGCUGCCAAGAUCUGAGUAACAGAUGCCAGAAUGAGGGUUCAUGGGAUGGUGUCAGGUGUGUCUGCCCCAGCACCUUCCAUGGGUCCCUCUGUGAGUUUCCAGUGGAGCAGUUCGACAUAGACACAGUGGAGACUGAAGUGGGCAUGGAGGUUUCUGUGGAGCAGGAGUUCUCUCCGGACCUCGAAGACAACACUUCCAAGGCCUACAGAGACUUCAGCAGUGCCUUCCAGGGUGAGAUGCGGAAGAUUUACCAGACUGUUCAAGGCUUCCAGGGUGUGGAAAUCCUGUCCUUGAGGAGGGGCAGCGUCGUGGUCGACUACCGGGUCCUGCUGAGGCUGCCCUUCAGCCCCCAGCUGAAAAGCGACUUUGAGAAGGUGAAGACAGCAUUGAAGGAGGAACUGCAGAGCGCCAGUCAAGAUGGCGGCAACUGUCAGGACAAGCAGACGCUGUGUUUUAAGUCUGACUCCAUCAAGGUGAACAAUCACACCGAGAAAGAGCUGACCCCAGAAGCCAUCUGUCACCGAACUGCCCCCGAGGGCUAUGAGGAACACUACUUUCCUUUGGUGGAGCCGAGCAGGCUCCGCUGCGUCACCAAUUGCACACCUGGAGUGAAUGGCACCAUCGACUGCAACCAGGGACAGUGCUUUCUGCAGAAGAGUGGUCCAACCUGUCGUUGCUUUUCCACAGACACAUACUGGGUCUCAGGCCCACGCUGUGAGGUGGCGGUUGAUUGGAGGGUGUUGGUUGGAGGCCUGGUGGGGGCCGCCACUGUGCUGCUGCUGUUACUGGUGGCUUUAGGCCUCAGGCAGGUGAGUCAGAGGGCCGGAGGGUGGUCAGGGGUCCCCAGACACCGCAGUUGGACCCAGGACAGGAAAUGGUUUGAGAUCUGGGAUGAAGACUCUGCGGGGACUUUUUCCAACAGGGGUUUCCAGGAGGCCCUGACAGCCACUAAUGAAAACUUCCGUGUUGCCUUAGAGAAGGUGGAUACCAACGUGAUGGUUCACAUCCAAAGACCUGAGGUGACGUCAUCACCAUCGCCAUCAUUGUCAUCAUCACCGUCACCAUCACCACCACCAUCACCAUCACCACCACCAUCAUCCUGAACCCUUCCUGGGUCUCUUCUGUGCUCCUCCACCCUGCCCGGGGCUGGAGGAAUGAGGCCAUUGUGCAAGAACUGGUUCCAGUACCCAAACAGCCCAGGCUCCCAGUGUUCUUAGUGGGAGGGGCGUCCUGUUUCCUUGACUUACCGUCUUCCUCUUUGUUUGGCUGAAGCCCACUUGGAGAACAUGUAUCUAUGCUUUUCACUCUAGUACGGUGGGCAAGGCAGUCUUGAUCUCCUGCCUCAGUCUCCUCAUCUGUGAAAUGGGUGC